CAGCACGUUUAAAACAUGGCCGCCCGGAAAAACUCCUCGAACUAUGUCAACUCCCCGUAUAAAUGCCAGCUGUGCUUUAAGGGGUUUUCGUCUGAAGCUACUUUCAAAAAUCAUAAUUUAAAGCAUCAUGACCCGAGUGUGGGAGCUCAGCAGUGCGAGCUGUGCUAUUCGAGGUUCCGUAUCCCCGCCUUCCUGCGGACGCACGCCGAAACACACCGUCUGAAGUUUGUGUGCAAGGACUGCCGCUUUGUGGCCAGUAACAGGUACCACGCUAUAACGCACUUCCGCGAGCACAGCGGCUUCAAAUACGUUUGCAAAUAUUGUGGAGCCAGUUUCAAGAAACCAUCGACUCACGGCACGCACGUGCGCAUCCAGCACCCCACCGAGAACACUUCGUGCGACGUGUGCGGGGAGACCUUCCAGGGGGACUUCGGGCUCAGGAUGCACAAGACUAGAGCGCACAAGCAGAACUCCGAGAACGAAUCCGGUUCCCUGAACUGCAGCACGUGCGGCGUGCAGUUCGCCAGCUCGUACGCCAUGGCGCGGCACACGUUCACGGCGCCCGACAACGUGUGCAACCCUAGCAUGAGAGCGUGUACUCUGUGCGGGGAAAACCUGGCGAGUGAUGAACUGCUGAGGACCCAUACUCAGGAGCGGCACAGCAAACCAGAGACUAAAUGCGAUGAGUGCAACAAAACAUUCCUAACCGAGGCUUCUCUGAGCGUCCACUACGAGCGCGUCCACCUCCAAGUGAAGAGUGUCAGACGGAAAGCGUCCCACCACGCGCGGAAACAGUAUGGGGGGGUAGUCAUGUGCGAGCUGUGCGGGAAGAGGUGCAAGAACAGCACCAUCCUGAAAUACCACCAGCGCACGCACACAGGGGAGAAACCACACAGCUGCCCGCGUUGUCCCAAGCGAUUCGUCUCUCCUAUGUUGCUACACUGCCACCUGCGGUCCCACACGGGGGAGCGACCGUACAAGUGCGCGCAGUGCCACAAGUCCUUCACGCAGAAGUCGGCGCUCACCGUACACAGCACGGUUCACACGGGUGAGAAACCAUUCGCCUGCAGUAUCUGCGGCAAGUCGUUCACACAAGCGGCCUCCGUUCACACGCACGUCAAGUACGUCCACAUGAAGAUGCCCGCGCCGCCGCGCCGGCGGAACCUCAAGCGGGAGUAAACUGUCACACUAUGGAGAAACCAUUCGCCUGCAACAUAUGCGC